CGGCUCGGCCCGGGCAGCGGCGGCUGCAGCCCCCCGGACCCCGCACCGCCGCGGCGGGCGCCGACACACAAUGCGGGACUAGGCGCGGCGCGGGAGGGCCGGCGGCGUGGGGGAGGCACGGCAGGCAACUCGACGCGGGGGGAGCCGGAGCUCCGGGCGUGGGGGCGGGGAGCAGGAGGCGCAGGAGAGCGCCCCGAGUCCCGGCGCGGGAGGAGGAGCGGGAGCCAGCCGGGGAGACGGCGCUCCUGGCCGCACCUGCACCCGGCGGGCGGUCGGCGCGGCCCUGCCCUUGCCCGCUGCCUCGGCUCCGCACCGUACUUAAGACGCACCCCAUCACAUGAGUUUCUGGAAUGGUCCGUUUCCAUCAGAAGUGUCACUCACCCGGAGUUUUCAUUAAGGCCUUGAUACUAGCCCUGAGGAUGUAGGGAUGCCAGCCAAGAAGGAGACUGAAGAGCCACAAAGAGAGGAUUCUUUUCUGGACUUGUGAAGGGCAAGUUAAUGUUAAGGCUCUUCUACCACUUUGAGGUGUUUGUGGAAGAGGAAUGGAGGUGAAGGUGGUGGCCUGGGGAGGGACACAUGGAAGCCUCCUGCCUACCAGCCAAGGAUCAGCUGAGCCCUGGGGCUGAUGCUUGCCGGCCCUGCUGAGAAUGGCACCGAGGCCCACCCAGGCACCAGGACAAAGGUUAAUCCGGGACACUCCUGGACAGUGACCCUGAUGUCAGUUCUGAGCCGUGCACUCAGAGGUCUGAUAACAGCCAGCCCCACUGGGCGCCAUGGCGUCGGCCGAGCCGCUGACCGCGCUGUCCCGCUGGUACCUGUACGCCAUCCACGGCUACUUCUGCGAGGUGAUGUUCACGGCCGCCUGGGAGUUCGUGGUGAACUUCAACUGGAAGUUCCCGGGGGUCACGAGCGUGUGGGCGCUCUUCAUCUACGGCACGUCCAUCCUCAUCGUGGAGCGCAUGUACCUGCGCCUGCGGGGCCGCUGCCCGCUGCUGCUGCGCUGCCUCAUCUACACGCUCUGGACCUACCUGUGGGAGUUCACCACCGGCCUCAUCCUGCGCCAGUUCAACGCCUGCCCCUGGGACUAUUCCCAGUUCGACUUUGACUUCAUGGGCCUCAUCACCCUGGAGUACGCCGUGCCCUGGUUCUGCGGGGCCCUCAUCAUGGAGCAGUUCAUCAUCCGCAACACCCUCCGCCUCCGGUUUGACAAGGACGCCGAGCCCGGGGAGCCCGGGGGCCCCCUGGCCCUGGCCAACGGCCACGUCAAGACGGACUGAAUGGGGCUGGUGGGCGGGGCCCGGGGCGCUCUCACGGACGCGGGGGACAGAGGUACCAAGCUGGUGGGGUUACAUCUUCUGAACAGCACAAGCCCUGGCUGGGGGCCUGCCUCAGCCCCCUAGGGCACACACGACAGUGGCCUCCCUCCAGCACCCUCCGCUGGGGGCCGGG